GUGGUAGAAGAGGCUGGGGCGGCUUCCUGUAGGCCCCCCGCCAGGCAGAAGCAUGCAGUGGUAUCUCCUCCUGAUUUGGGCACAGGGGCUGAGGCAGGCUCCCCUCCCCGCCUCAGGAGCUGUGUCCGGCAGGAUAGUAACAAUGGGGAACAUUUCUGCAGAAGAAGGUGGAUCUGUCACCUUGCAAUGUCGCCUCUCCGCUACCACUGCCAAAGUGACACAGGUCAACUGGGAGCAACAGGACCAACUGCUGGCUGUUCAUCACACUCACCUGGGGUGGUACGUCUGCCCGGCCUUCAGGGAGCGAGUGGCCCCCGGCCCCAGCCUUGACCUCAGCCUGCAGUCGCUGACCAGGAAUGAUACAGGGGAGUACAUUUGUACCUAUCACACCUACCCCGAUGGGAUUUACAGAGGGACACUCUUUCUGGAGGUCCUACAAAGCUCAGUGGCUGAGCGCAGCGCUAGGUUCCAGAUCCCACUGCUUGGAGCCAUGGCCACAGUGCUGGCAGCCAUCUGCACGGCAGUCAUCGUGGUGGUCACACUGACCAGAAAGAAGAAAUCUCUCAGAGCCCAUUCUUCGGAAAGUGGCCUCAGGAGAAUGCCGGCUGAACAGGAGGAAUGGAGCGCCCGCAUUUUCUCAUCUGCUGGAAGCUGCAUCCAGGCAGAGGCCAUGCCCACGGACUUUUGCACAGAGCAGAGGGGAGAUGACUAUGAGGAGCCACACGAGUACUUCAAUGUCCUGAGCUACAGGAGCUUCGGAAGCUUCAGCUUCCCAGCAGAGAGCUGUUAGCUCCCAGAGGCCUCUUCUGGGAGCUACACUCCUGUCUCUGCUUUUACAGGUAGAUCAUGUACAAGGGCCUGCAGUCUCCAUCACUGCUGUGCGAGCGGGCUCGUGUAUGUUCAGCUGAGUGACUGAAUGUCAUUCUCUUCUCUGUAUCUCCUCUGCCCUUCCCUUCCCUGGUGCCAGACCCAGAGUGGACAGUUUGUGUCUUGAUGAUGCAUGCAAAGUUAAAAAAAAAAAAAAUAACUUGACCUGGUUUGAGCAGAUCUUGUGGCUCUGAGAAAUGCAUUCCCACUAGGAGCAUUUGGGUGGGGCUUUGGGCUGUAGUUUUGUGGUGGGUGAUGAUGAUGAUGAUGAUGAUGACGACGAUGACAGUAUGAUGGUGUGACUCAUCUCAUUUGUCAUGGUCAUUUUCAUCAACAUUCACACAUUCAAGGCGUUUUAUG